AUGGGGAGGAAACGUCAGUUGCGACUUGUUUACAUUGGGCAAGGAUCGUCACACUCACAACAACGGGUGGAGGCAGCUGAUGAGGAAGCCCACAUUUCUGAGGACGCAAGAUCGGUGGCAAGUGACGAUGAUGAGACACUGGCUCCAGAUACAGAUGAUUAUGUUCAAACCCCAGCACAAGUACAAAAUCCAGCACCAGUACAAAAUCCAGCAUCAGAAAAUAGGCCUGGAAAACGUGGGAAAACAAGGUUGGCUGACAUAUGGGCAAUGAUAGGUGAGUACAAAAUCCAGUUGCCGUUAAAUGAUGAAGGCCAACCAAUUGAUGAUGACGGGUCUUUGUUCGUUUGGUGGUUGGGCUCGUUUUGCAAGAAUGGCCUAUUAUGCUCGCUUUCGCCUGUUGGGUGGCCAAGCGUCCCUCAAAAGUUUAAAAAUGAUUGUUGGACGGAGAUUGAGCAACGGUAUAUAAUUGAUCCCACUAUUGUCAAACCACCCAAUCAAAUGGGAUGGGCAAUGCAUCAGCUAGGAGAACUGAGGAGAAAUCGCAUGACUAAGUUGAAGAAGGAUCACAAAAAACCUGGGCUGUCACGUGGACAAGUAUUGGCUAGUCAACGGCCUGGGGUUAUCACAGCGCACUGGACGGAGAUGGUUGACUAUUGGUUCAAUGACAAAACUGAGACAUUAAGUAUCAAAAACAAGGCGAGUCGAGGUGAGCAGGAAGACAUAGCAAGAUCUGGGGCCAAAAGUCUUGCUCAAAUUUCUGCUCAAAUGGCGAAAGAUAAAGGGGCGGCAGUCGAACGCGUGGAUGUAUUUCAAAAAGUAUACCGUACCAAAAAUGGGGUUACUGUUAGUGACCGUGUGCAAGAUAAGAUGGAUAGGAUGGCAGUACUUUUGAAUGAACAGGACAUACGACUACACGGAGAGAUUGGUAAUGGAAUCCUCUUGUCCAACGACGACGCGUAUGCUCGGGUGAUGGGUCGUCCAGAGCACCCAAGUCGUGUACGUGGGGUAGGUUUUGGAAUCACCCCAUCAGGAAGAAGUGCCAGAAACGUAUCACAGUUUACCUCGACUAGUACUCUGUCGUCAAGCAGAACUCACGAAAGGAUGUCAGAGUUGGAGACGAGUCAUGAAGAGCUUAGGGAGGCACUAGCAAUUUGUAGGGGGGGAAGUAGCUUAAUCUGA